AUGCCCGAACCUCCGGAGCAUGGAGAGCCCAACGCAAGUCCGCCAGACAGUGGGUAUGGCUGGAUCUGCGUCGCUGCGUGCUUCUUGAUCAACUUCUCGACCUGGGGUGCCGUGGCAUCGUAUGGCGUGUAUCUCUCCUACUAUCUGACUACCAACCGCUUCGAAGGCGCCUCGCCUUUGGAUUUCGCGUUCGUUGGCGGCUUUAACUUUGCGUUCGCGAUGCUCGCUGCGCCGCUCGUCACAGUUCUCACCCGGCGGCUUGGAAAGUAUGUCACCAUGCCCAUCGGUAUCGCCUUACAAACCACUGGCUACAUUACCGCCGGCUUUGCGACACGGAUAUGGCACCUCUAUCUGACGCAAGGCAUCCUCGUUGGCCUAGGCAUCGGGUUUAUCUACAUCCCCAGCCUGCCGAUACUUUCGCAGUGGUUUGAUGCCCGCCGGAGUCUAGCGAACGGCAUCAGCAGCUCCGGUUCGGGAUUUGGGGGUGCGCUCUUCGCCUGGGUUACUAGUGCGAUCAUUGACGCAUUGGGCUUGCGCUGGGCACUAUGCAUCACUGGCAUUAUGACCUUCGCCCUUGCCAGCAUCGCCACGGCUAUGGUUCGCGAUCGCAACAGAUACAUCAAGCCGCCACAGCUCGCUCUGGACCUCACCCUGCUAGCGCGAUAUGACGUCCUCUUGCUACUGGCGUGGUCCUUCGUCAGCAUGCUCGGCUAUAUUGCGCUCCUUUUCUCGCUCUCGGACUUCGCCCUCGCCAUCGGACUAUCUUCACAGAGAGCGACUGAUGUCAUUGGUUUACUCAAUAUUGGCACCGCAAUUGGCCGUCCGCUCAUAGGCAUCUUAAGCGACAAGUCCAGUCGUUUGGAUGUUGCAGGCGCUCUUACAUUGGCCUGUUCGGUACUUUGCUUCGCUUUUUGGAUCCCUGCGCUAUCAUUCGCAUUGCUGGUCGUGUUUGCACUGCUCGCAGGCGCUGUGCUCGGUGUGUUUUGGAUGGUAAGCUUGGAGCAUAAUUGCAACACGACCUCGUACGGUCAUUGA